AUGACUUCUUCGUCGCUCGUGAGGUUCUCCUACAUCGGGAAGCCGACCAGUCCUGCAAGAAACAGUUACCCGGGGAUCUCCUUGCAAAAACGGCUCGGGAAAGACCAAAAAGAGAAUACCGCGCGCCAGUUGAGUAUUAUCCGCACGGACAUCCUCCCGGGCGAUGCCAUCUCUGGCUCAACCGUUCUCGAAAGCGAAGCUUGA